AUGCGUCUUCCGCGGCGCACACCGUACUAUGGGAAUGUGCAAGAAGAAAUUUCGUACGUGUACGAGCGCUUCUAUGGCAAUAGGCGCGAUCGUAAUGCGAUAGAAUCUGCACUUGGAGUCGUGCGAUUGUGGAUUCAUCGCACUUGCUGCCCUCAGGCUGUUGAGUCGACGGCGCUGCUUGUUGAGAGCGUCAUGCUCGAUCAAACACGUGUAUCUGACUAUGCGGCACGAGCUUCUUAUGCCAUGGCGCUUACCAGACUCGUCAACUCAGUCGUGGACUCGUUCCAAACUGGCGUAUAUGCUCAAUCGAUCGGUGCCAUUGCUGAGCAGAUAGGUCUGCCUCAGUGGCUCGUCCAAGUGCGGCAUUGCUCCACCCAUGAAGAGUUGCCAAGCAUAAGUGUAUGCCGCACGGCUAGUGAGCGUGCUUUAGCAUGGCUCGACCAUCAUUAUUGGCGGCCUACACUGCAAGUGUACAACGGUGGCAGUCUGUAUAGCUCCGGCGAGCAAGAAGGGGACGAUGUAGAAUCCGGCAUGGACGAUGGCGAGCAAGAGGCACGGGCUACCACUAGAGUACGUGCUGCACAGCUCUUGUAUGCAUACAAGCAACAAGCAACAGCCGUGCUGCGAGAUAAAAGUCUCAUGCAGCGGAGCAUGCCGCCCCAUUUUCAUGCGCUCGUGCAGAUUGAGCAGUUUGUGCGUCAGGAGUGGAGUCGUCGUGCUGCACGGCCCAUGCUGAUGAGCACGGCUGCGCGUCUGGGGCGCCGAGCUCAUGACAAAGAUGGAGAAAGCGAUGAACCUGGUGAUCCAUCUUUCUCACUUGAGGAUGAAGAAGAAACGAAGCAACUUGCGUCUGUCCUCCAAGAGCUCAUAAGUCAGCUACUUCUACCUGGUGCUCUCUUUCCGACUGACAUGAAGCAACGACGCGGCCGCCGAGGUCGCACGGAUGUCGCCGGCAUGGAUUCGCCCGUGUCUGAAGAGGCAGCACGGCUUUGGGAUCCACUUUUUCGACACAUGCAUGUCAUGGCACCGAUGUUCUUGCCCCUUUUGGUGGACGCGCUUGUCUGCGCAGCCAUGUCGGAGCGUACUUGUGCACGUGCUUGGCUUCAGCAUCUUGCGAAUAUGGACGAGAUUGAAGUGCCUCUUCAUGUGCCGCGAUGGCCUCAUGAGAACAGCGGGUCCCAUGGCAUGACCUCUACCCUGCGUACAUCAACAGACAGGAUGCGUCGUGGUCCAUUGCGUCGCACGGUCAUAUUUUAUGCUCUCGAGACACCUGAUCAUGACUUACAUACUCUAGCAUUAUCAUUAUGUGACAAUGACGCGAAUUUGCAUUCGCGUGUGGAACAGUUGUGUCGUUUGCAUCAGUUAUCGCAUGUGGACGAAUCUGUGGCCGCGUCUGCUUGUCUCGGUGAGAUGGAGGAACGUGCUGCGACGUUGCCAUUCUGGUCAGCAGAGAAUGACGCAGCGUACUCGCCUAUUGGCGAUGCCAUGGAGGACGAGGCGAUGUCAGAGCCCCAUCAUGCUCGUCUCACAGACCAGGGUGGGACUGGCUUUUCAGACGGAUAUGCUGAUGGAGACGCCACCGCAUCCCCUGUUGCUGCCGACUCUGCUCCUCCUGGCUGGCGCCGCGCGCCUGCAUCCUACACCGCGACACCCAUUGGGUGUCUUGCAGGCCAACGACCAGCCUUGCUUCUGUGGAGCUAG